GGGAGAGGAGAGCGGUGCUGCGGGAAGGAAGGGGCGAGACUGGGUCUGCCGCAGGGCUGCACCUGCGGGCAUCAGUGCGAGUCUGCCCGUACCCGGUGUGCGUGGGAGUGCGAGUGUGUGCGUGCUUGGUGUGGGCUGUGUGCGCUCCCUGCCUGAACCGGGAACUGAGCCCCGCGGCGGCGGGAGCGGGACUUCACCUCCCAGCUCCAUCGAGCUGCGGAGUUGACAUCAGCAACCCUCAGCUGUCGCGGCGGGGAUGCUGCUGCUUUUAGGUAUUUUUCUUCUUCUGCCGAGGCUCCUGAUACUUUGAAAUGAAUAUACCCAGCUAUUUUGUGGCUCCAAACAACAAUUAUGCCAGGAAGCUGAUUCUGCAGCUGCUUGUGAAUGCAGUCUGGAGGCCUGCAGUGUGCCGGUGAGCGUCGUCCAGGACACGGGUAUUCGCUAACCAGGGAAAUGACUGGCUUUCUUGAGGAAGAAACCAAGAAGAAACCUUUAUUUCUUGUGUAGUUAGAAGGAAAAGCAAUACAAUCUUGACACUUGGUUAACUUAAAGGAGCAUUUUUCAACAUACCUCUUGACUGUGUGGACCUUGCUUCUCUGACACAAAUGUGCCUUUGGAUUUGUGCAAAUAAAUCAUUGGAAGAAUUGAUUGGGCAAAGCAGUCAUUGAAACAGUGGCUAUUGAAGAAUCAUGACGAAGCACUUGGAGAUCAUCAAUUUGUCAUUUUUGUUGGAACAUGAAAGGGAAACAAUAUUGGGAGUACUGAAGAGAGACGAGUAUCUGAAAAAAGUUGACGAUAAAAGGAUAAGGAAAUUGAAAAAUGAGCUUCUGGAAGUGAGAAGGAAAGGUGGAAGCCGUCACUGUCAACAGGACAACAGCAGGAUCUGUGUUCGCUGUCAGAAAAGCCUGGGCUUAAUCUUUGACAGAGGAGACCUGUGCCAAACCUGCAAACUUCGAGUUUGCAAUAAGUGUCGUGUUGUGGGAAGCGAUGGGCAGUGGAAGUGCUCAGUGUGUGCCAAGAUUGCGCAGCUACGGAUAGUGACAGGAGAAUGGUUUUUUGAAGAGAGAGCGAAGCGCUUCAAACAAUCAAAUCUUCUCGGAACCGAUGUUGUCAGACAGUCUAUCCUGCACAAGUUUCCAGAUACAGUUUCCAGUAAGGAUGAAGGAAGAAUAUUUAAAGAACAACCCCAAGAGAAUGAAGAAAAAAGUCUGGAUGUAUCAGUCUCCUCCACAACUGGGCAUAAAUCAGUCUUCAGUGGACACAGAAAGAUAGGGAAGGUAAUUAGGGCAGCUACCAAGGGAGAGAUUACAAACACAAAAGAUGACGGUGAAAGGAACGCAGGCCCAGAAGCUGAAACGCAAAGUCUGUGCAGCGGCAAGUCAACACCUUCCUCUGAGAGAGGGAGCAGCCUUUCUCUGAACAGCAGUGACGCAGAAGCCAAUGGAGGCCACCUGAGAGGGGCCGUGGGUCCUGCCAGCAGAGGCAACGUGUCCAUACCUGCCCUCCCGAGGUCUCUGGCGCUCAGCACACGCAGCAUGACUGCAGAUUAUAGCAGGGACACUGGCUUAGAAAAUGGCAUGAUUAUUCCAGCAAGUGGAAGUGUACCUGAAGAUUUAGUAAAGAAGCACCCUAGGAAAGUAUCUGGAACACCUUCCAUUGCAGUUUCAAGAAUAUCUUUGUCAUCAGAUCGUAGCCGAUCUGAGAUAGAUUUGAGUGAAUCUUUCUCUGAAGGAAAUGAGGAUACUCUGAGCCUAAGAAGCAAAUCUGUACCUAGUGCCUUAGAUCAGGAACUGGAUUAUUUGGAUGAAACAGAAGAAGAUAUUGAUGACAUGGUGGCCUCUUGUUAUUCAAGGAAACAUGGACAUUUGACAAGUGGAUUAUUAACAAGCUCCCCAGAAGGCUCUGACAGAAAAUGGACGUAUUUAAAUGUGCCUGAAACAGACGGUGAUACUACUAGCAUCAACAGUAUGCUGAGUGUAUAUAGUGAAACUGGUGACUAUGGCAACGUGAAGGUCAGUGGUGAAAUACUUCUCAACAUCAACUACAGCUACAAAACAGGUGCCCUCAACAUCCUGGUAAAAAGUUGCAGAAACCUGGCUGUUGCAGAUGAGAAGAAGCACAGGACCGAUCCAUAUGUCAAAGCAUACCUUCUGCCUGAUAAGUCACGCCAAAGUAAACGCAAGACCAAAAUUAAGAGUAACAGCACCAAUCCAGAAUUUAAUGAAACGCUGAAGUAUGUCAUCAGUCACACACAGCUAGAAACCAGGACCCUGCAGCUUUCUGUCUGGCACUAUGACAGAUUUGGACACAACAGCUUCCUUGGGGAGGUGGAAAUUCCGUUUGAUUCUUGGAACUUCGAAAGUCAGGGCGAUGAGUGGUUUGUGCUCCAGCCCAAGGUGGAGGUUGUGACAGACAUUGGGCUUCAAUAUAAAGGAGAACUGACAGUUGUUUUACGUUACAUUCCCCCAGACAGAAACCUAAUGCUUCCUCUAGGGCAGUUUCAAGGAAAGAAGAGCUUUAAAAAAGGGAAAAAAGGAGAGUCCCACAUGCCAUGUGGAGGUAUAUUAGAAGUCCUCAUCAAAGAAGCAAAGAAUUUAACAGCAGUGAAAUCAGGAGGCACAUCUGACACUUUCGUGAAAGGAUACCUUCUUCCAGAUGACAGCAAAGCUACAAAACACAAAACUCCCAUAAUAAAAAAGAGCGUGAACCCCCAGUGGAAUCAUACCUUUGCAUUCAGUGGCCUGAAUUCAAGGGAUAUACGUAACGUCUGCCUAGAACUAACUGUGUGGGACAAGGAGUCACUCUCCAGUAACAUUUUUUUGGGAGGGGUCCGUUUGAGCACUGGAAAUGGUGUAAGUAAUGGCAAGGAGGUUGACUGGAUGGACUCGCAAGGGGAAGAGCAGCACCUCUGGCAGAAGAUGAUUGACAGUCCUGGAGCUCCUGUGGAGGGGAUAUUAAUGCUGAGAUCCAGCAUGGGAAAACGCAGACUCUGAAAGACUUUUAACUCUUGAGGGGUACCAGAGGUGCUCCUGACUUGAGGCUCUUCAGGCUCUUGCCACUUUGCCCAUUUGAAAGUGUUGUUGGGUUGUACUCCUUGCCUUGGAUGUUAAGGCUCUGACUGAGAUUUUAAUGCAUUCUGCACUUUCACGCGCAAGUUUUUAACCCAGGCUUCUUGUAUGGAUUAUGUUCCUCCUGAAGCCAGUGAGAACUUGACCUUGCACAGAGAUCAGACUGGCAUUCCCUGUCCCUUCUGGUGACCGGUGCUCUGCUGGUGAGCACCUCUGCCUGUGGCAGGCAUGGAGCGAGCACAUUCUGUAGUUAGUCAUUUAGUGAGUAAUGCCCUGUUUACGUGUCUCCUUCUGGGUCAAAGAUGGUGUAGAACGCAGCAGUGAUACAGUACAAGCAGAUUCACAGUGAGUCUGUGCUUUGGUAUGUGAAAGAUAAAAAGCCAUAAUGUUAUGAUGAAUAACAAACAUAAUUUCUUUAUCACGUUUGCUUGUUGGGCUGUGUAGUGUGCAGGAGAGCAGGCUUGGGACCAACCAGCCCACUGAGGAAGACCAGUGUGUUGUGUUGCACACUGGAAAUAGGCAGCAGAUGAGCUGGUACACAACACUGGUGUUCUGGCAUGCUCUAGGUUGUUCUAACGCACUGUAUAAAAGGCAGACUUGGUCAACGUAAUCAAAGAACCCCUGAUGAAAAUAAAUCAUAACAAAUUCCCAAACAGUUUCCACAA